CCAUCACUAUUCUCAGCAAAACAUAAACAAGUGCUAAUUUUUUUCCUAUGUUAAAAUUUAACUCGUUAAAUACGCCAGUUGUAAAUUAGCGAAUAAACCACUGAAUCAUGCCUUGCUACAACAUUCCAAUAAUCGAUUCCGAUUUACGCCACGAAGAAACAAUCCUUCAGACGAUCAAUGUGUUCGAAUUUCUAAACGAAGUCAUUGAGGAUGUUUUCAAUAAAGUUAAUCGAAGAAUUGAAACUAAUCGGCAGCGGCUAGAAGGAAUCAAUGCUCGAAUCGAAAAAGUAAACACGGACGUAGAACGGUUGAAGGACACCAAAGAGGCAAUUGUUAUUUAUUCUCCCUGCCGUUAUCCAGGAGCGGAUCUUAAUGUUACCGUGCUACCAACGUUUACCAGCCAAAACGGGAUACGGAUGAGGGAAAACGAAUACACACUACGUGAUAGACCGUACGUUCCAGCACACUCCUAUCAAGAGAAAAUACAGUUUUACCAUGUGAAAAGUCCAACGGAUCGACAUGGGAUUUUUUCGUUUGAUAAUCCCCAAAAAAUUCGAUUGGACGAAGGCGUAAAAUAUGUUGAUUCAAUUCUGAUGUUUAACAGUAAAGAAUUCGCGGUUAGCUAUAAGGGAAUCGCAGACAAGUCGAGAGACGGUAGAAAAGCCGCCGGUCAGAUACGCGAGGAAAGAAUACUUUCAUCUUCUUCGCCAAUUAUACGAAACCGUUCACGAAAGAAAGGCCAGGAGAUAUUUUACACUCCGAAGCUCAAUGAAGCACCCAAAAUAGAUGUUCCAGUUGAUUUGCCUGAUCUGCCAGGCAUCGUUACUAAUAUUCAGUACGCUGGAAAUAACACAUUGAUUGCUCCUUCUCUGCAGUUAGCUGCAAUUGCUGAUCAAUUACCAGAGUUGAAAGACUUGGUAGAUAUCGGACAAACAGAAGAAACCUUAACAGCACCGAAUAUAGUUCCAGUAAUUGUUCCUGUGAAAGCUAAAUUAUCUUCUGCAACACCUAGUGCACAAUUACCACCUCCUCCGCCACCGCCGCCUCCACCACCACCUCCUCCACUAGAUGUAUACGCAGUUGAAAGUAUUGCAGAAGAGAAGAAGCAGGCCCAGAAGGAUGUUAAGAAGGCAGAAGACCGAAAGCCUCCAGUUCCACAAGCUGGGGAUGCUCAUUUCAAUCUAAUGGAAGCAAUCCGAAAAGCCGGAGGUGUUGGAAACGCUAAUCUCAAACCCAGUGAGGCUAGCAAUAGUAAAAAAGAUUCGACUAAACCCUCCAAAACGGGUCCGCAAAAUUUUAUCGACGAUCUACACAAUAAACUGCAAAUGCGACGCAAAGGUAUUUCUGGAGCCCGAGAGAAUCAAGAGCCAGGCAAUGUUAUAGACCGUCUAUCGGCGUUGAUUCCACCCCCGCCCCCAAAAGCUGACGCAAGUGCCAGUGAGAGUAACGACGAAGAUUGGGAUUAAUACGAUUAAUGCAGACGAAACUUUACUGGAAAUUCAAAUGUUUUUGUAUUUCGUGUUUUGUAUUAUAAAGCAAAAUUAAAUCUACAAUAUGUUAGUCAGAAAUGAGUUGAAAAUUGUUGUGAUUACAGCUUGCUUCCUAAAUAGGUUUGAUUUUAAAGUGCAGACCGAUCAGUGAAAAUACGAGACAUUUUAAAUCUUGCA